AUCGGCGGGUAAGCGCUGCUCUGCACUUCAGCCUUAAUGACACAAAAGAACAAACCACUAUCUCUCUCUCUCUCUCUCUCUUCCCUUUUAUUCUAUUCUUUCCCUACUCUGUCUCUCACAUUUCUCUUGAAUUUUUUACAUUACAGUUUAGGUAUUGAUUCUCAGACAACCUCCCUGCCUCUCUUCUCUUUCUGUGACUUGUGGUGGAGGAGUUCUCAUUUGAUAUAUCUUUCCAAGAACCACCACCGACCUGGUUUUUCUCUCUCUUCCUCUCUCUCUCUCUCUCUCUCUCAUCAGGGAAAGAAAAUUAUAGCACAUGAUGCUAAAGAAUAUGAUGGAAGAGAAGCAGUUAGAUCUUAAUCAGCCACUUCUGUCUGUAAGACGAUAUUCACCUACAGUAGUCUCCUCAGAAGCUGAUGACAAAAGGAAGGCUGAUAAGUCACUGCCCAAGCUACCUCCUCUUCCAUUUUACAAAUCAGAAUUGAAAUCAGGUCCGGUGAGGCAUCCAGGUACUGUUCCUUUUGUAUGGGAGCAAAUCCCCGGAAGACCCAAGGAUGAAAGAAAUUCACAAACUCAGGGUCUUGAACGGCCUGCCACUACACCGAGGCUUCCGCCUGGAAGGGUUUCAAUUGCUAAGAAGCAAGCAUUGGAUAAAGGUUCUAAACGCACUACAGCUGCUCAAUCCCCAACUGGACAUGUACUUUCCAAUUCUAAAAAUGAUUCAACCUUUGAUACAAAAGAAGUUACUAAGUGUGACAGCUCUAAAGAGGGGAUGGAGGAUAAGGAUAUUUCCGAUUCAGAGGAUGGUGAUGAGACCUAUUUAGAUGCACUUGACGCACUUUCGAGGAGUGAAUCAUUCUAUUAUAACUGUAGUGUAAGUGGUUUGAGUGGACUGGAUGGUCCAGAUGUCAAACCAACUGGAACCUUCUCGACAGAUCCACAGACUCGCGAUUUCAUGAUGGGUCGGUUCCUGCCUGCAGCAAAGGCUAUGGCUUCAGAAACACCUCAAUAUAGUACCAGGAAGCAACCAGUUGCUCGAGAGCAACCAAUUUGUCAAGAGCAACCAAGAGGGAUGAAGGUCGCCAGUGGGAAUAAGCAACAUCCACUUAAUCAAUAUAAGCCAAAUGAUUUGCCACAUAAUGUUCAAGAUAUAACUGGGGACAAAAGUGAGAAUGAAGGUAUGAGAGCACAAGCGCAAUUACCCAUUUCUUCAGUUAGGAGUGUGCGAGCUAAAUCUUCCUAUGCCAGUGCUUACAGAGAAGCUAAAAAUGAGCAUUCUGGGGGCGAUGCUUGUGAACAAAGAUUAAUGAAUGGACAUCAGGAAGCUGUGAUACCUAAAGAUAAGAAUGAUUUGAAAUGUGAAUCCAACCAGAUCACCAAAAUAAGUGAAUGUGAGAAAUUAGAUGGGUCACCUGUACACAGGCGUCACCAGGGUAGUAACAUAUCACCCUACCGAAAGGAAUGUUUUCAUCAUGAAGAAAAAGGUUUUCUUGGUAUUCCUGAAAAAGCAAAGAACUUCAGAGAAACUAGUAGCUCUGGAAAGUAUCGAAAAGGCCACAACAAUUUUAGGGAAAUAUUGGCUACUGAGAAUAUUGCUGAAUGGAAAAUGGGCCCAGGGAGUCCUGUAGUUGAGAAGACUCUGUAUAUUGAUUCUGUGCAUACUGUAAAAUCUCCGAAUUCAAAUUCACAUUCCUCAGAUACAAAGGGCAAUAUCAUUCAGUACAGAGGGAAUGAUAAUGAAAUUCCUGAGAAAAGUAAUGAAGUGAAAGAAACCCCUUCGGCAGAGUUUUCACUCCAAGAUAUUGAGCACUUGGGUGAUGGAAAUGAGAAGGCUAUAGUGCCGUUUCAAAGUUUGGAGUUUCCUGACUCCAGCUUUCUAUAUUGGUCUGGCAGAUCCAGUAAGGAUGAUCAAACAGAUAUGAGAAACGGUUCCAUAUUCGAUCAGGAUUCCAGCAGAUUUGCAAGCUUAAAAGUGGUUGACCAAGAAACAGUCAACUUGAAAAGCCAACAUUUAGAGAAAUCAGUUCACUGGAAAAAUUGUAAUGGCCUUACUCGGGACCUUAUUACAUCGACAAUUGAAAAACUGAAUGAUGAGAAAAAGAGUGAUUUAAAAGGCCAACAGCCUAGAAAAUCAGGAACAGAAGAAAGUUCGCAUAGCCAUGGUCAGAUUUCUAUUACAUUGACCAGCUCAAAAGUGGCCUACAGGGGAAAGAUUGAUUUAGAAAGUCGACGACUUGUGAAAUUUGGUAAUCAGGAAAGUGCCCGGGGCCACAAUUCACGACUGCCUCUUGGACCACCUUUACCGAAAUCUCCAUCAGAGUCUUGGUUAAAGCGCACCUUACCUAGUAUUUCCUCGAGGAGCUCGUCUUCACAGUAUUCUUCUGGUUCACAGAUUUAUGCUAGUGGUCAGCCUUCAAAGACGUCCUCUCUUGAUCCCAAAUGGGAGACAAUUGUUAAAACUUCUAACACACACCAUGGACAUUGGCGGUUUUCAGAGGACCUUCUGACACCUAUACCGGAAGCUUAGAAGUCGGAUGUUUAUCUGAAGCUCACCGGCCUACCUGAAUAUCCAUGCUUUCUAUGGUUGUAAAGGUGCUGAAUAUAGUUUUUUAUUUUCACUCUUUCUAUAUGUUUCUCUCGAAUGUGUUGCCUUCAUAAGUUUAUACCCAGAAGUCAGUACAUAAUGAAAACUGUAUAUCAACAAGCCCAUUUCGUAUCAUUUUUUGAACUUAACUUUCUUUUAGUGGGAUUCUUGUGUAAAGCGAACCAAAAGAUGUAUUUGUUUCUUCAUUUCCUUAAUAAAAGAAAACUCAUGUAGUUUGAGCCGCUCUCAUAUCUGCGGAUAAA